AUGGUUUUGCGACUUUCAUUUUCCAUCAUUGUGGUAUCUUUGGGCCAUGUUGCCGGCUCAGCUUUGCAGCUGGCCGGUACGACGGCCUUUUUGGGCGGCAACACAUACUGGAUUGAACCACAGGCUGUCGGGAACCUCCCGAAAGACAUCGUUGCCAAGGCUUUCUACAAUCAUACGGACGCCGUGGGAGGGUUUAUUCCUUUGAGUGUAGUUCACUCCACGAAGCUGACUGUGGGAGCGCUUGAGAAUGAGUUUGCCCGUUUCCAUGCACGGGAUGAUGUCUGGAAUCAAGAGUUUUCGAGUGUCAUUUACUCCCAAAUUGCCGAUGAUGGGGAGGACAAAGGCGUAUCCGUCAAACAAGAGGACGAAUGGACUCUGGUCAUUGACCAGCUAAGGAAUGAGGCGCAAAGGAUUGCAGAAGGACCAUACUUUCUGUCCUUGGAAGGGACUUUUCAUAGAGUUUUUCGACUCUAUCCUGACUCCCAGGCUGCGUUUUCAGAGACCAUCUACACCGAUGUACGUGGAAACCACUCAGUCCUCCCUGCUGGUCUUGCGGGCGGAGGUCUCGCGAUUGCAGCUCCGUCACGCCUUUACUACAAAGCAACCCCGGAGAAGCCGCUGGCAGGCGUUCGUCUCGGCGUCAAAGACAUAUACGAUAUCGCAGGGAUCAAAACUGGUAAUGGUAACCGGGCAUGGUACAACCUCUAUCCUCCUGCAAAUCGGACCGCACCAGCGGUACAAAGCCUCAUUGAUGCGGGCGCUGUUGUUAUCGGUAAGGUGAAGACAGCCCAAUUCGCCAAUGGCGAGUUUGCGAACGCCGACUGGAUCGAUUACCACUCCCCGUUCAACCCUAGAGGAGACGGGUACCAGGACCCCAACUUCUCCUCUGCCGGCGCUGGAGCAAGCGUCGCCUCAUACGAGUGGCUCGAUAUCGCCCUUGGGUCUGACACAGGCGGAAGUAUUCGUGGCCCCGCCCGAGUCCAGGGUCUCUAUGGACUGAGACCCUCCCACGGGGCAGCAUCUCUGGAUCACACCCUACCCCUGGCUCCGGAGUUCGACACGGCCGGGCUUAUCGCGCGGGACCCCGCUCUCCUUCGGGAUGCGUCCGCUCAGCUUUACGGAGUUUCGGUGCAUUCUUCCAGCGAAUUCCCCAAAAGCCUGCUCGUAGAGUAUUUUCCCGAUGGCCUGAGUCAGGAGACAACAGAAGCUUUGGACCGAUUUCUUGAUGGAUUGAGGGACUUCCUUGGAACCCAGACAAUCACGCAAUUCAACAUCACCAAAUUGUGGCAAGAUUUACGACCGCCCGCGGCCCCCGAGACGCUCAACGGCCUGCUCAACACGACCUACGCGACCCUCAUCAGCCGACGCCAGACCGAACUGGUCCGGGACCCGUUCUACGGCGACUACGGCCGCCUGCACGACGGGCGGCUCCCGUUCGUGAACCCGGUGCCAUUGGCGCGCUGGGCCUAUGGAGAUAGUCUACCAGAAUCCGCAGCUGAUGAUGCCGUCAGAAACAUGACGUUUUUCAAGGAUUGGUUCCAAGACGUGGUACUCAAGCUCGAUAACAGGACAUGCUCGUCGUCUAUUAUUGCGUACACCAGUCCGCCAGUUACUCAGUACAGAAAUGUUUACCGGAGCCCUCCGACUAUUCCUUUUGGAUUCGCAACCUCAUAUCUGAGCGUGUUCGCUGGGGUUCCAGAUCUCGUCAUUCCAGUCGGUCAAACUCCUUACAACUCUUCCAUCACAAAGCAUGUCGAGAACCUGCCUGUCACUAUCAAUCUGAUAACCGCUGCUGGUUGUGAAAACAUGCUUUUGAGUCUCGUCGCUGAGCUAGCAAGGCCCGAACUCGAAUCCAUCCUCGCCGUUCUUCGACAAUUUUCCCAGCAUGAGGCACAGUCCGCCACCAAUGAGCGCCCUGCCUAUGAAGCAGUCGUAGCAAACAGACUGCGGGAGUUUGAUGAGGCUGGGGAGCCGAUAUCUCUGCUUCUUCCAGCGUUUCCUUGGAAAAACCCCAACACUGACAAGGUAUUGGGCCCAAGCCCAGAUUUGGGAGAGGAGCUAGGAUUGGCUAGACUGAACCAUCUUUGCAAAGAGGUUGGGAAGAUUUACCCGCGCGGAGCACGUCUGAUCCUGGUUGCGGAUGGCCCCGUUUACAAUGUCGACGUGCUCGGUCUUGGAAACGGCGAUGCCAUGUCCAAGGAUGAACAUCUCGCCAUUGCUGAUGCUUGUCGACGAGAGAUGGAGCAGAGGUUCCUCGGCCCAGACCUUAGCGUCCAGGGAGAGGUCAGGGCCCACCCCGACACAGCGCUCACGUACCAGAAAUACGUGAGAUCUGCGCGGGAGGAUCUCCGCUGGGGUCCCGAGGUCGAACCUCAUAUCACAUCAGACGCAGCCAAGUAUGCAUCUGAGACGGAGCGGAUCGCUGAGCGGAUGACGCAGAGGCUGCUUGCCUAUGAAAGAGCCCUCGAACACAAGUUUCCACAAGUGAUCAGACUAUCCAUCCACCGAUCAACGGGGAAGAAUAAGAUCUCGAUUCCGCUAAUACCACAGCCUGGCGAGUUCGGACUCACACCUUGGCACUCCACUCUCUUGGUGACAGCCAAUGGAGAAUUCCGCACAGAGUUGUCCAAGGAUAUACAAGACACGCAAAAGUACGAAAUUGUUGAGCGGGACGGGAAACCAUACUUUGUGCGCGAGAAGCAUUCAGAUUUUGACUGGCCGAGUCAUGUCACAAUACAUCACAAGUAUGACGGCCUAAUUAUCUUGGAAAACACUUCAGAGGGUGAGAGCGAUAAGCUGUUGACUCAUGAGCUCGAGCUGAAGCUGGCGAGUUUGGCCCUCAGACCAGGUGUCGUAGAGGUUCGAGGAUUCAAGACGUUGCAUGCUAAAGUGUAA